ACUGCAAUCGAUUUCUACGCUUCAAGGGCAUCGUGAGCAAGAAAUGGGCAUUUUUAUAGGUUACAUGCUGACGUUAUUAUUAUUGGUGGGAACAGUAGUUACACGUCUCUGUCCCCGAGUGAAAUAUGAGACAAUUGAUUGGGAGAAGUUCAGUAACCUAAAUGGAACAUGGUACGACAUAAUUGAUAAUCCACAAUACGAAUAUCUGAUAGAUUGUUGGGAUUGGAACAGCUUCAUCGCUAUUGAUAAUGGAUUUGCCAUGAAUGCGACUCAACAUGCUGAAGGUCGACCGGUUAAAGAUCAUUUAGAUGUUUAUCUUCAUUUUCUUCCGAAUGGAGACGGAACAUACUCAGUAAAUCAGACUCACAAAUCGGCCUAUGCUAGUACUACAAAAGAAUCUCUUUCCCAUAAAGCAGAUGAAAAGAUGCUGAAUGAUGUUGAUGUCGUGACGGAGAUUAUUUUCUCAGCGGAGUAUUUCUUCGUAACGGAUUACAGCAAUUAUUUUAUAGUUGCCCAAUGCGACCCCAAACAAGGUUUGACCGUCUUCAUAAAGAACAGAAGAACUAGACCAGAUGGCCAGGAUACUUUGAACAUUUGGAACUUAUUCACCAAACAUAAAGAAUUUCCCAGAGAAAGUAUGGUGUUCAAACAAACUUGUAUCAACAGGCCACUUAAUGGCGGCGCUGAGGCAUUCUGUCGUUUCAACUGGUUCUCUCUGCUUGGAUUUUUGAUCAUGUCAUUUGUCAUCAGCGAAGGAACGUUUUCACCACUUUUAUCUUAAUUGUUUUCCCAACUAAUUGAAACUUGAUUGAUGCUGAAGCACGGACUAACUCAGAGUUAAAAUGCAAAAGGUUUCCAACGCAUUCAUAGAUAAUAUAGUUUUCAAAUUGUCGUCAGAUUGAUACGAUGUGGUUAUAGUACAAAUUUAUAAAUUGAGUGUUGUAUAAAACAGUGUUUCCCAAACUAUGGGUAGCGACUAGGGCAUUUUCGAAUACCUGAUGAUUUCAGAAUCGAAUCGAAUUGAAAUUUUAUUGUUUAUUUUGUAUUGAAGUAUGCUCGGUAGUAAUUGUAUUCGGGAAGUAUCACACCGUGCAAAGCUUGGCAACAAAUAUUAAAGCCACGAUACUACAUACCGUUUGGUAUUCAAGCAUAUCCAUGAUCGCGAGAUUUUACAAAAUUUAUUUGAAAAAAAAUUAGGGUUGCAUAAAGUGAAUCGAAAUAUUAAAUGA